AUGCAAACGUCAUCCGAUCGCAGCACGCAAUCAUCGACGACCGAGAAAGCUAGAACAGCUGUCGCUAGGACACCAGGAGGAAAACUAAUGAAAACUCCAAUUCCUGCUGCAGCUCAAACACCAGUGCCGCCGUUACAAAAAUUGGGACUGCCAUUAGCAAAAACUGCAGCAACUCCUGCAGGAAAGAAAAAGCAUCGCAAGCCAAAAAAGAACGAGACGGAUGACACAAAUACUAAACAAUCUAAGGAAAAAGAAUCAAUGAAAGUUCCUAGCAGAAGAAAGCCUCAGAAAGGAAACCAAGAAAAUUCCCCUCAUCACAAAUCUGAAGCUUCUGAUGAGAGUUCCAGCGAAGAAUCAGAAGAAAUUGUGGUCUAUGAAACGCCGGAAAAUCAAUCUUAUGAGCGUAAGGUAAUUCUUGGUAACCUGAGCCGAGUAAUGUUUCGCGAGCCAUUUUGGCAUGAUAAAAUCUCUGCAUACGCGAUGAUAUUAUCGUAUCUCAUUACGUAUGACGUGGUAGCCCAUUUCUUCUUCUAUACACAUUAUUUCGGAAUUACCUGGACAUUUACCUAUGGAUUCUGUAUGCUUGUGGUUGGAUUUCCCAUGUGCUACUUAGAGAUGGCCCUUGGACAGUACACUUCUACUGGAGUUUACUUGGUCUUCGAUCGAAUGACUCCCGCAUUUGUCGGAGUUGGUGUCAGCUCUUUGAUCAUUAACUUCUUUACGGCAGCUAUGGACUAUGGUCUCUUUAUGAAUGGUAUAGGUGUGAUACAUGAGGCAGUAGUUAUUCUAAACAGUCAAAUGCCUUGGCAUCAUUGCUUAUCACCUUGGAGCAAGCCAUACUGUCAUGUGUGGUCAAGAGACUGUUCGAAAUUAGAUGAAAUUCCAGAAAUCCCGCAGUAUCCUUCUGAAUAUACUUAUUACGGUGCCAAGCAGUUUGUUCCAAUAUUGUUGGGAGAUACAUGCGUUCGUUCACCAUUGAUUGCUAUUCAUGAUGGUCUCAGAACUACAAUAUCAGGAGACGAAUUCGAAAAAUUCAAGACGACCGCGGUAGUAAAUUGGGCCAAUUCUGAAGUGCAUGACUUCACGGACUUCAAAAAUUAUACAUACAUGUCCCCGAAAGCUGUCAUGUACGCAAUGAUAUUCGUCCUUAUCUGCAUAUUCAUUUUGUCAAGAACAAGACGAACAGUUGCAACGUUCAUAAGUGUUAGCCUAUUGUUGGUAUUUUGCAUGCUCUCGUUCUUGCUCCAUGGAAUACUCACGAUGUUUUCUCCUAAGUAUCCUUAUGCUCUACCAGCUACUAUGGAACCCCUGGAUGCGGUGAACGGAGUUGAACCAUGGUUAAGCGCUAUACUCCUCACAAUGAGAAGCUUGAAACUUGGCCAGGGUGGCUUGGUAUUUCUUGGAGCGCAGAACGGAUUUCACAACAACUUGAUUGUCGAUUGCCUACUGAUCACGUUGGUGAUGAUUUUCGUGCCAUUCUUUUACUCAUUAUUUCAUAUCAUCGCUAUGGACUCGUAUGUCUUAGAGAUGGUGAAAGGUGCUCCUAGCAAAGUGAAAGCUGUUGUGACAAGCAAAAAUCUUGCCUAUCAAAAUCCAGUCACAAUCGCGAUCGUUCUUCUGAAUGCAAAUCACAUUUUCGGAGACUAUGAACCUGUUGUGACAUUCUGGUAUGGGAUCAUCAUGCUUUGCACGGUACUUUCCAGCAAGAUUGUACGCUAUGAAAUCACAAUCAAUGCAUUUCUCGAAGGAGGUCACUUCAAUAACGAAAGCUCAAGGUUUAUCCUUGUGGUACUCGUUGUACUAUUUACAACAUUGUUAUCUCUUAUAUUCCAGUAUACUGAUGGGUACAUGCGUGCUGCUAGUAUUAGCUUCUCAGUCAUACCAAUAGCAAGCGCCGCCGUGGUGAUACUUGAAGUGAUUGUAAUUGGAUUUUUCUAUGGAUUCCGUGUUUUUUACUCCAACACUUCUUUGAUGGUCUACGGCUAUUCGAGAGCAGAAGCCAAAAAAUUCAAGCUAAUCCUGAAUUCAAUGGCACUGGUGCUGUGGUCAGCGGUGAUACCAGUGGCAAUCCUUUUCAGUAUGAUUGCACUUAUUUAUGAAGAGUCAUUUGAAGGAAACCUCGAAACACUGGAUGUUUACAACUGGCUGCUUAUCGCUGCAAUUCUAUCGCCUGUCCCUAUAAUGCUUGUUUACUUAAUGUACUACCAAAGCAGCCAAGGUAACAGCAUCCACCCACUAUUUAAAAGAAAUCCAGACUUGUGGGGACCGCGAUCACGAGCAAAUCGUCAAGAAGCUGAAAAGGCAGAGAGGAUGAUUCGUAAAUGGUGGUAGAUGUUAAUUAAAACAAACAAACAUCGCAC